UACUAGUAAUUGUGAAAGACUCAAAUCAAAUUAAACAACAUUUGCAAUGGCCGCCUCCGUGAGAAAUAAGCUACUUACGUGUGUGUUUUCUUUUGGCCGAAUAUUAAAUCAGCAAGCAAUACGUAGUCAAUUAUCACCUUCAAAAUGUUUUCAACCGAUAAACGUUGUCGCUUCCAUCCACACGACUUCAUUCAAGCAAUCCAACUUAAUGGCAUUCUUCGAUGAUCCAAAGAAUUUUGGAGCACAGGAAGUAAAAAGUGGACGUCCGUGGACUUUAGAUGAGCUUCGAAUCAAAAGUAAUGUUGAUCUCCAAAAAUUAUGGUUUGUGCUGCUGAAGGAACGGAAUAUGCUGUUUACAAUGGAACACAAUUGCCGAGAAGAUUGCAGGCUGUUCCCUUCACCAGAAAGAAUUGACAAAGUUCAAGACAGUAUGAGAAGGAUAGAAGAAAUUGUACAUGAAAGAAAUGAUGCUUUUUGGCAACUGGAAAUUGGAGAAAAAGCACCAAAUCCUAGAGCAGUGAAAACUUUAGAUCCUGAUGAUCCGUUAGCUACUGUUCGUGAAGCAAUGGAAGCAGUGACACAAGUAAAGGAUGGUGCAACUCUCAAGUUUCAAUAUUUAAUGAAGGAGAAAGAACUGAGAAUGCAGAAUAGGAAAGUGAAACUUCAUGAGAGAGAAGCAGCGAUGCUCCUUAAACGUUUUCCUAAUUUGGAUAAGGAAGCGCUACAAGCCAAGUAUCCUGAUGUCAACAUCCAGAAACUAAAGUUCAAUAAGAAAACUCGUGGGAGUCACGAAUUUAAUACUCGUGAAUUUCCCGUUUUGUUGUAUUUGAGACAGAUCAAAAAUUUUGAACACGUGACGCAGACCCACCAGCAUAGGAGAACUUACAAAGUAAUGGGAGCUAAACCAACCACUUUAUUAUCACUGGAAGAUAUCGAUGAAUGCUGCGAACUCACUUACUUCAGCCGCAGAGAUAUCAUUCGAUUGUUUGACCGGUUUUACCGUAUCAACCCGAAUGCCGUAAAAGCCAAUCCAUUCGGAGUCCGACUUCCAGCGGCGGAUAUUUUCGCUUCGAUUGAAGAGCUCAAGUGCAAUCCGUUCCGACAGCGCCUAGCAUUCGUUUUCUCUUCUAAGCAGGACGAUUGUUUCUCUUUCGACGACUUUGUCGAUCUGGCUUCCGCCUUUUGUGAGAAGGCUCCAGCUAGCGUCCGUGCAUCUUUCGCAUUUAGAAUUUACGAUUUCGACAACGACGGUCUAUUAACAGCCUCUGAUCUCGGGAGACUUAUCGAUUUCUUAACAUGUGCCUCAGAGAAUUCCCCGAAAUUAUUGGAACGGGACGAAGUCGUCGGCUACAUUCUAGAAGAGGCCGGAGUAGAAGGCAAUCGUUCGAUUAACGAAGCUGAGUUUCAACUUGUCGUGAAGAAGUUACCAGACUUUGCUACCUCUUUCAAGCUCAUUAUGUAAAUUAAUUAAACUACGAGACAAAUAUCGCUUAAUUAUAGUUUUCGUUACUAUGCCAUUAACUGUCCUAUGACUAUGCAAAACGUAUUUCUCAAUCUCUGUUCCCUUGUGCUUUACGUUUCGCGAUAAAUGUAUCGCUAAGCUGGACCAAGAAUGACAAAUACAACGUUAUUCAAUCGUA